ACAUGUUUGAUUUUAUAUAAAAUCUUUUUUUUUAAUUCAGCAUAUGAAAAACGUAGCCCCUCGUGUUUUGGGAAGGUGAUCGAUCGUCCAUCUUGAUUUUUAGGAAAGUCAUCGCUCAUCAAGUUAUCCUUAGUCGACUAGAUCAAUCAAAUCUAGAGCGAUAAAUUAUAUCCCAUAUUAAUAUCUCUGAAUAGAGCCUUCUAAACUUGUUAGUUCCCAGCAGCAGCAGUCACCAGCGUGCCAAAAAGAGCUCAUUGUAAACAAAUCCAUUGAUUAGAGUAGUAAUCUGCAGUUGACCAGUGGUCAUGUGUUUGGGUACACCAGCUUUUUGGCUUCUUGGGGGCUGUGUGCUCUCAUAAAGCAGCUUUGUGCCGUACGAACUUGAGCCACAAGUACCAGCUGGCAAGCUGUUACGCAAUCACAACAAAAACGUAAAGUAAAAGCUGCGCAUGGACACAGUGUCACACCCACGCUUCGCUUGCAGCCCCGGGCGCUUCAUUCUGACUCCACCGGUCCCACACACAAGCACGCAGUAACACCCUCCUCCAGAUUGAACGCGAUGCAGUACGAGGACAAGAUGGUUGCAAUACGAGGCAGAGGGAGAUUAGAACUGUCCCGGAUUGACAGGCGGGYUUAUGUCAAUGACCUCGUUUUGCUGCUUGCUUGUCACAGAUGUGCUGGUCCUGAUGCAGAGGCUGCAAGAUGUCAGGCCGAGGAGGGCGUGAACCCGGCGGAGGUUCCUCUAAAAUUAUCUGGAUGUUGUGUUCUUGUGAGAUUUCCUUACUUGUGUUCAAACUGACAGCAGGAGGUCUCGGUUAGUCAGCAUGGAAAAAUGCUCGUGCUGGGUUUGUGACGUAACGUCUCCUGCUUGGUGCCUUCGUAAAUUACACGGUUGAAAGCGGAGGGAGUGACAUGUGACUGCGGAAGAUCUGCGUGCACUGCAAGUGUGUGCGGGAGGAGCAUGUGGUGCGGUCGGUGCCAGGGCAGCUGGAAAAGAUGAUGACUAAGCUGGUGUCGGACUUCCAGAGGCACUCCAUCUCCGACGACGACUCGGGAUGCGCCUCCGAGGAGUACGCUUGGGUCCCACCUGGGCUCAAGCCCGAACAGGUGUACCAGUAUUUCAGCUGCUUGCCAGAAGACAGGGUGCCUUAUGUGAACAGUCCGGGGGAAAGAUACAGAAUCAAACAGCUGCUGCACCAGCUUCCGGCUCACGACAGCGAGCCUCAGUACUGCAACUCCUUGAAUGAUGAGGAGAAGAAAGAGCUCCGUACGUUCAGCCAGCAGAGAAAACGAGAUAACCUGGGCAGAGGCGUCGUCAGACCUUUUCCUGUUACCAUGACCGGAGCCAUCUGCCAGCAGUGUGGCAGACAGAUCAGCGGCGGAGACAUAGCUGUGUUUGCCAGCCGGGCGGGUCACGGCAGCUGCUGGCACCCCCAGUGUUUCCAGUGCUCGUCCUGCAGCGAGCUGCUGGUCGACCUCAUCUACUUCUUCCAGGACGGGCAGAUCUACUGCGGCCGGCACCACGCCGAGAGGCAGAAGCCCCGCUGCCAGGCCUGCGAUGAGAUUAUUCUAGCAGACGAAUGCACGGAGGCAGAAGGAAGGUACUGGCACAUGAAGCACUUCUGCUGCUUUGAGUGCGAGGCGGCGCUGGGCGGUCAGCGCUACAUCAUGAGGGAGAGCCGACCGUACUGCUGCUCCUGCUACGAAUCCCUGUACGCAGAAUACUGCGACACCUGCGGAGAGUCAAUAGGUAUCGAUCAAGGCCAGAUGACGUACGAGGGUCAGCACUGGCACGCGGUGGAGUCGUGUUUCUGCUGCGCGCGCUGCACGCUGCCUCUGCUCGGCCGGCCCUUCCUCCCACGCGGGGGCCUCAUCUUCUGCUCCAGGUCCUGCUCCCUGGGCGACGACCCCAACAACUCGGACUCCUGCGACUCGGCGCUGCAGAGCAGGUCUCCCCAUCACGGCAGGCAGUGGGGGACGCCGGAGAGGGUGCCCUGCGGCUCCCCUCUGCAGCCACUAGAGGGCGUCAAACAAUCUCCUGCACAGGACUGCAUUCACACUGCAGUGGAGAGUAGAGGGCUUCACUGCAGCGCUCCAGUUCAGAAUGGGGUUCCUCCACACACCGGCCAUCCUCCUCCACGAGGCUCCUACUCGCCUCUGCCUCACAUUCACCUGGGAAACGGCUGGCCAAGCGACGUUCCACACUACAGUCUGCUGCCAGGGGACAGCAGCGUCAAACCGCCAGCCACCGGUGUCCAGUUGCAGGAGGAGCUGAAUGGAAAUACUGGACUAACUGGUCGUAAUUCAAGAGGAACCUCCACCAACAAAGACUGCAGGAACUGGGUGGAAAAGACAAAUCAGGCAAUGCAAGACACGCCGCCGCCAUCAUCAGACAGCUCCCCCGUCCUCCCACCUCCUCUGCCCCUUAAGUCCCGGGACCUGAUGCCGCGGGACUCGUCCCCUCAGUCCCCGUCCCAUCUGUCCCCGUCCCAUCGGAAGGACCAGCCCCCCGAGUCGCCUCCUCCGCUGACACGCAGCGGCCAGGCCAGAGUCAGCUUCAGGGAGCCGAUCAGCAGCAGCUACUCUGUAGAGGAAGACGACGACGACGAUGAGGAGGAGGAAGAGGAGGAGAGGCUUCAUGUCAGCGUGGAAACCAAGCAGACUGAGGAUGACGAUGGUGAGGUGGGGGGUUUUGGAAGCAGGCUGCACCUUCAGAGAGGCAUCCCACCACAGAUGGAUCUACUGGACGGCUCCUCAUAUCAUCGUCAUCACCUGAAGCGCGGUUGGGGCCGCUCCCGUACGUCCUCCGACCCCGUCCUCCCUCCGGGUUUGGAGCGGCGCCGGUCCGACAGACCCCGACUCGACACUCUGGACUUAAGGGCUGAGAGCCGGAGAGACGCACGCAGCUCCUGCGGCUCCCUGAGCCUCCAGCAGGGACCCCACAAACACGAGGACUGCUGCUCCACCUGCUCCUCCUCCUCCGAGUCCGAGGAGGAAGGCUUCUUUCUGGGGCAGCGGAUCCCUCUGCCACCGCAGCUCCGGCAGCCCGACAACGGCCCGGCCAGGCGGCCCGAGGAGGUUCUGGAGGUGCAGAGAGACUGCGGCCUGAGAGGCAGCAUCCGGCGAAGACGAGCUCAGAGCGCCAAGGAGAAAGAUAAAAACUGUGCUGUGUCCUGAAGUAAAAGCUACUGACCAUUCGUCCUCCUUCGCUGCAAAAACACAAAAUACUACCAAGGAUUUCUGGUCCAGUUUCUAACGCAGAUGUCUGAGUAAACUUCAAAUAAGACAAAACUAACUUACAAGUAGCUUUUCAGCAAAAUACAGGAGCUUGAUUUAAUCAAUAAUUCACCGAUCCAAUUUUUUCUCUUCUGAUAUCAAUACAGAUAUGUGAAGUUUAUCGAUUGAUACAGAAAAACAGGACUGAAUUGACUUACAACGGGUUUUCCAUAUUCCAUAUGUUUUCACACCUGAUAGUCUGGUUGGUUCGUUUUGAUUAUGGACCAAAACUGCAACAUUUGUUACAUUUCCAGCUGCUGUGGUUUGAUUGUGUCAAAAAAACCAAMCCCUUUGAAAAAUCCGUUCCCCUCCUCGCCUGUGGGGGCGCUGCAACAGGAACUCCUGAAGGAAACAACACAAAAACCUCUGAAGAAGACGCAGUGUAACUUCCUUUCUAAACAAAGAUCUGAUGCUACAAUCUGAGUAGCAUCAGAUGUUAGCGGCUGUAGAAUUUCCGUUUGAUAUUUUGUAAAAGACCAUAAGUAAUUUCUCCCACUGGCAUUAGACUUAAUUUAUUUUGAUUAUAUUACCCAGAAUCCCCUGUGCUGUCGUCUGCUUCCUGCUUGCAUUCAUAAAGCAACUGGGAUAAAAACCAACGUAAAAUAAACAAUUAAGAAACUGAAACAGACUAAAACUGUAGGUUGACGACUUUGGUCAAACAUGUCAAAACAAACUGCAACAAACCUUUAAAAUGGUUCAGGAAGUGCAGUUAAUAAUUCUAAAUAUAAUGUAAAAUAAAUAAUAUUGCAUAGAAUUAGACUGAAUAGAUCUGCAUUAGUAGACACAAUAUCCAAUCGAGAUUUUUUUACUUCAACAUCGGGACCGGUGCAGAUAUUGAAGUAGAUCGGUCAACAUUAAGAAAUGAUUGACUUAAAAAAAACUCCUGUAUCUUGCUGAAAAUUGUUUGAGUAGUUUUGUCUCAUUUCCAGUGUAAGAAGAUAUUUGCUCUAGAAACUGGACCUAAAAUAGUUUUUUGUGACUUUGCAGAGUGGUUUCUGAGGGUGACGCGUCAAACCACAGCCUGUCUGCCAACACAGUGAGGGAAACACAUGAUACCUCAGAACGAGGCUCCACCGAACCUCCUGCUUCUGCUGCUGGUCUCUGACGUUACACUGCAAAAACACAACAACCUACCAGGUAAUUCAGGUGAACUUUCUACUGCAAAUAUCUUAGUACACUAGAAAUAAGUUUAAGUAACUUAGAAGUAAACUUUCAGCAAGAAAUAGGAGUUUGUUUUAUGUAAAUAAUUCCUUAAAAUUGAUUUUCACUGACAAAACAUUUUCCUGU